UAUAGCUUCGCGGGAAUAGUACGUGACGCAUGCGCGCUGUGUUGAAUCGCUCGCGCGCUAGAGUACUCCAGGAAGAAAGCUGAAUUAUUUGCGUCCCUUGUGACUAUUGUUUCCAUUUCAGAGAAGUAUAUUCACGACCCCCAUUCGCAUAAAAUGUGGAACCAGGGAGGCUACAGUGAGUCGAGUAUGGUUGGGGGCUACACUCAGUCGCCCGGCGGCUUUGCGUCACCCUCCUUCUCCCAGGGAGAGAAAAAGAGAACCAGAAGCUCACAGAUCAUCCCCUGCACCGUGUCCCAGCUUAUGUCCGCCUCCCACUCGGACGAGUCCUUCAAAAUUGGCGAAGUAGAAGUCUCCCAGGUAACCCUUGUGGGAAUCAUUCGAAGUACUGACAAAACCGUGACUGCCAUCCAAUACAUGGUGGAUGACAUGACGUGUGCCCCCAUGGAUGUGAAGAUGUGGGUGGACUUGGAGGACCCCAGCGCGGACAGCACCGUGCUACCUCCCGGCACGUACGUCAAAGUCUCGGGAAACGUGCGCUCCUUUCAGAAUCACAAGUCGGUGGUGGCGUUUCGCGUCAGGCCGCUGGAGGACAUGAACGAGAUCACGUCACACAUGCUGGAAGUGGUCCAGGCGCACAUGGCGCUCAGCAAGCCGCAAACCUCGGCCGGUUUCGGAACAAGCAGCUACGCAUCGUCCAUGCCGCAGAGCUACGCUAGCGGUAACACGGGUGCACGCGACAUGGUCAACAAUGGCUUGAGCAGCAAUCAGAACCAGGUGCUGAGUCUGAUCAAAGGCUGUCCGGAUCCACAAGGCAUCGGCCUUCAUGACUUGAAGACCAGACUGCCCAACAUCAGCAUAAUGGCCAUCAAGCAAGUUGUGGAGUUUUUGAGCAAUGAGGGUCACAUCUUCUCCACCAUCGACGAAGACCACUACAAGUCAACCGAUUGUGACCUUUAGUACUUUCCACGAAAUUUGUAAUUGUAAAAACUUCAUUUCCUAAGUAAACAUCUUACGUGACCUUAAAUAAAAUACCAUUGUUCUCAGCUCA